UGAGAAACAAGUUUUGCUCUUCUCCCACUCAACUUAAUGCUUGCCGGAGCAGACGAUAGACUGCUUAGGUAGAAACCUCACCACCAUUGACUCGCUACAGGGUCACCUCUGCUUUACCUAGCCCAUAUUCCCCAAAGUUGCCUACAUAUCCGCAUUCAUCUACCAGAUUCAAGGGACAAUAAAUUGAUCGCAACCGGCUCAGCAAAAAAAGUUUUCUCCAACGCCGUUGUGCGCAACCGUUGACGGGCCCCACUCCAAGUAUCUCAGUGGGGCCUUAAUAGUGCGAACUCUAGUGGUUGGACGCGACUUCAAAUCCAGCCUCUCUAACAAGAAGUUGAGACUGGCGGUCGCCGGAAGCCACGAGCAGUACAAAGACCACAGUGGAAUACGCAGGCAUCAAGCGAUACUCGGAGUAACAAGAACCGCAGCCUAGCGUGGGCCUGCUCGACAGGCCCACGCCAACUCCACAGUUACAACGGCAGGCCUGCAGACUCCAGACAGGAGCAGCCCCCCACAGGUGCAGCCGCAGCGGGCUGCUCUGCUGGGCUCUCCUCGGGAGCAAAUGACGCGGUCGUGGGCUUUGCAGGGCUCCAUCGUAGAGGCUGCUGUAUCCGGAUCCUUAGGGCGGGUGGAACACAGCGAGACGCAUGUUGUCGACGGCAGCCUAAUUGGCACACGCAGCCCUGACAGCCCCAGGGGAUCGACGCUGUGGCAAACCUGCCGAAUACCGCUAACAGCUCGUUCUGUUAGGCAACCGCCAACAACGGACGCAGCCCAAGGAAACCGCCACGCCAAUGCGUGCUGCAGCUGCCAGUAUAGCGAGUUACGACCCCAGCAAAUGAUCAGCUCACCCACCAGUAACAGCACCACCAGCAGCCGCCUCAGCUGCUCGUACCCAUGCGGCAGCAGCAGCAGCGUUGCGACUACGUCACCCCUGUCCUCCCUCAUGGGGCGGCCUUCCUGCCACCGCAGCUUAGGCGUUGCAUCGUCGCCUUCGCAUGGCCCUGCCAAGCUGCCAUGCAGCAGCAGUUGCGACUGUGGGCUUCACCUUGGGCGAAGUAGAAGCGCCGCCGCGUCCGUUGUAACUGGCGGCACCAGCAGCGGUGGCAGGAGCGAUAGCAACCGGCAAGGCUUCGUAGAAGGAGGCUGCUUCAGGCGUUGUUCAGCAGCGGCGCAAGCUGCGGGGACAACACCAGCCGGGGAAGCAGGUCGCGCGGUGCUGCUGCCAGCUGCAGCGGCGACUCGCCUCAGUGGCAUCAGCAGCGGCUGGGGUAGCAGCAGCAGCCAAGGAGAAGUUCUCCUGGCGUCUCAACGACCUGCGCGUCCUCAGAGCAGGCCUGGGCCAGCAUUUGAAGACAGCAGCAGCAGCCGGGGAGGCCCCCAACUUGCAUCCGCCCCAGCAGCACCACCCGCCGUUCCUCAGGGAGACGCCUAUCGCCACGACCACCACGAGCCCUUACACCACCAACACCAUCACCCUGACCAUCAGCCGCCGCAACGGCGGCAGCAGGAGCCGCAGCAGCGACCGCAGCAGCAUCAAGACCGCGAAGAGGACACGCAUGCGGAGGCGCCCACUGCUCCUCGGCAGCAGCACCACCACCACCAGCACCAGGAGCAGCACCGGCGGCACCGGCACCGCCGGCGAGGAACAGCUACCUCCUCCUCCUUCUCUUCCUCGCUCACCUCCCAUCUGGCCUGGAAGAGCAGCAGCACCGGCAGUGGUGGCAUCUCAUGGCCCAAAUCGCUGGUCCUGCUGCUCCUGGCAGUGCUAACAUCCCUGGUACCUCCAGCUGCGGCGCAGUGCCCGGCAGCGCCCAUGGUCUCCGCCUACGUUCAGAGCCAGUGCACCUACAGCUACGACCAGUCUCUCUGCCUGUUCGUCACAUGGUGCCCCAAGUGCAGCUCCCCCGCGCAGCAGGCCUACACCUCCCUCGACAUGUACAUCUGCGCUUCCGGGGGGCUUACCUACGUGGACUCGGACUGCACCGGCUUCUCCACAUGCGUUGCGCCCACUCCGUCGCCGCCACCGCAGCCUCCAUCGCCGCCCUCGCCACCGCCGGUCCCCAGCCCGCCGUCGCCGCCGUCACCACCCAACGCGCCCCCGUCACCGCCGCCUCGACCUCCACGACCGCCGCCGCGGCCGCCGCGCCUGCCCAUGCCACCAACGUUUGCACCCUUGCCACCCAACCUUCCCCCCGGUCCGCCCGGGCAGCCGCUGCCACCUUCGCCGCCCAGUCCCAACCCGCCAUUGCAGCCAGGGCCGCCCCCGCUUCCGCCGUCACCGUUCCCGUUGCCACCUCCGUCGCCAUCGCCACCGCCGCCCAGCCCGCCGCCGCCGCCACCGUCACCUCCACCACCAAGACCACCUUCACCUAGCCCUCCAACUCCGCCCUCGCCCAGGCCUCCUCUACCGCCGACGCCUCCAUCUCCUCCCGGUGCCAUCCCGCCCUCCCCACCUCCAUCCAGACCACCUGCGCCGCCCUCGCCCAGCCCACCUCCACCCAGCCCGCUGCCUCCAAGCCCUCCUGCGCAUCCUCCUCCCAGCCCACCUUCUCCUGCUCCGCCUAUUCCACCAGCACCACCGUCCCCUCCCGGUGCCAUCCCGCCUUCGCCGCCGCCACCAAGCCCACCUUCGCCGCCGGCGCCCAGCCCGCCGCCACCAAUCCCGCCAUCCCCUCCUCCACCCAGUCCGCCUCAACCAAGCCCUCCCGCACCUCCCUCACCGCCGGGCGCCGUCCCGCCAUCUCCGCCGCCGCCGAGCCCUCCUAGCCCACCAUCCACCAUCCCUCCACCUCCAAACCCCACCGACCCGACCGCCUCUGUUCCACCUCCACCCAGCCCGCCUGCCCCGCCCGGCGUCAACCCUCCGCCGCCAAGCCCUCCAAUCCUGCCUGGCACGAAUCCCCCGCCGCCAAACCCACCUACUCCACUAGCUUCCAUCCCUCCUCCACCCAGCCCGCCUGCCCCACCCGGCGCCAGCGCACCGCCGCCUCCCAGCCCUCCUCCAUCCGGCGGCAGUCCACCACCACCAAGCCCACCUGCCCCGCCAGGCGGCAACCCGCCACCGCCCAGCCCUCCCCCACCACCUAGCCCACCUGCCCCGCCCGGCUCCAAACCUCCGCCGCCGCCUGCCCCGCCCUCCACAAUUCCACCGCCUCCACCCAGCCCGCCAGUCCCACCGGGCUCCGCCUCUUCCCCGCCUCCAAGCCCGCCGGUCCCACCACCGUCGCCCCCACUCCUCUUCCCUCGCAACCCGCCUCUCCCUCCCUUCCCUCCCUUCCCACCUCAGCCUCCCAUCCCACCGCUACCUCCCUUCCCUCCAACGGGUGCCGCCAACCCGCCUCCGCCCCCAUCCUCCUCAACCACACCCACGCCCCCAUCCUCCUCCUCCUCCUCUUCCCCUCCACCUCCAUCCUCAUCAACCUCAUCCCCUCCACCUCCGCACUCACCACCCCCACCACCACCUCCGCCCUCACCACCCCCACCACCACCUCCGCCACCGCCAUUCCCACCGCCUCCCUCGCCUCCGCCUCCAUCCCCCGCGCCACCGCUCUCACCUCCUGCGCCGCGUCCUCCCGCUGGCGCUGUCAGCCCGCCUCCACCGCCGCUGCCGCCUCCAAGCCCAGGGGCACUUCUCUUUGAGGUGGCGCAAGGCUACCAGCUGCGAAUCGGCUACACAAUGCCGCUGGUCCCCACCUCUGGCGUCCUUAACGCGGUAUCCGCAGACAUCGCCUCGGAUCUAGGCAUCCCAGCUGCUGACGUCACCACACAGCUGGCGUCCCAGUACAUGUCGACGGUGUACACCCUGGUGCCGGACGCGUCCUCCUCGUCUUCUUCCAGCGCUGUUUGUACGGCGGAGUUGGAGGUGGCUGUUGCGGCGACCAUGUGUACGCAGCUGCAGCUGCCCUCUUGCAGCUAUGUGGUUGCUGAGUGUGUGAAGCCGGGCGGGAGCUACGCAAUGUCUAAGGUGUACUUCUACCCAGGCAGUAGCAGCAGCAGCGGGAGUAGCAGCACCGGACGGCGGAGAGCGGCAUUACAGGAGGUGACUGGAAAGAGGAUGCUGCGGCAGCAGCAGAAGGAAGAGCAGCUAGCGAGGCGGGGACGGGAGGUGCUUCAGACUACCUCGUCUCAAAGCGUGGCGAUUGCAGUUCGUAUUCUGAUGGACAACCAGACGAACAAUGCGCCGUUUGUGCUGCAGCUCUUCUCAAAGACGUUUACUCUGCUAAACUGGAAGGUAAUUAACCCUGCAUCCGGCAACGUAACCCAGUCGAGCUCCGUCGAUGCCAUCUUGCGCAACCCCUCUUCCUCCUCCAAAGCCACCCUCUACAUCCUCGACACUCGGGUCACAGGCGACAUUGCCAAAUCUGUGGGCCUCGCUAGCUCCCAGGUGCUCAUUGAGCGGCAGGGUGUGGUGGAGCGCAUUCCGGCUGCCUCCAAGAGUUGCUCCAACCCGCGGCUGGGGGUGCUGUGCGGGGCGGAUGCGGUGGGGGCCAUCAUCGGAAUCAUCCUGGGUGUGCUGGUCCUCAUCGUUCUGGCGGGACUGGGCGUGAUGUACGCCCGGCGUGGAAGGAUGGGCAGAGUGGUGGUGAUGGACGACUUCACAUGGGCUCGCAAGUACGCCCACAUUGUGCCCUCCAAUGUCAUCGCAUCGCCGUACGUCACACAGUACGGCAUCUCCGAUCCGGCAGCUACAGCUGGGUACCGCUAAAAGGGCAGGGUUCAGUUGCAAGCCGUGCAUGUGCACCGCGAACCGGUAUGUUGUCGUGCGGGGCGGAGGGACAUACUGGGUAUGCCGUCUGCAAGCUGGUUAUCAGCCGUGUGCUGAAAGGCUCGACGCAUGCACACAGAGGUAAUAUAGUAUACACCCAUUUAAAAUUUUUCUUUGUAUGGCUACUCUUGCAACACUAACCACGGACGUUGUACGCCAAGGACAGUGGGUGACAAGAAGGGCAAUAUGCGGAAGCGGAGUGUGGUGCCCAGUUGAACGGGGUGUUGUGUAGGGGUGUCACUUACGGGCUAGGCAGGUGACUUGCUCCUUACCGAGUUGCGUGUGGCAGAUAAUGAGCGCUCGGGGCUAAUAAGGGGUGCAAAAGAGGAAACUGCUCCCUUCCCUGGAGGCGUCUUGGACGUGACUCUUGGUGCUUCUCUUAUGAGGAUUGCUGGUGAUUAUGUGUCAAGAUCACCUGAACCGUGAGACUACUCGAGAUGUAUGUGUUAUAUCGUGCUUACAAAGGAGGGAAAUGAGGAGGAGGAAGCAAUAACCUUUGGGCCUGAUCGCUAAGUUGACUUCUUGCGUUGAGACUUUCGUUAAGCUGAGAAGUUGAGGUUGUUGCGUUGGCUGGUAGGAUAGGGUGAUAACAAUGAUGACCUUGACUCAUUCGAGGAAUAAUCGAGGUAUGUGGGUUUGCCCGGGGCGUUCCAGCCCUUGCUGUUUUCAGCACGCCGCAAAGGAUGGGGCAAACGACGUGAGUUGAGGUGCUUUGUAGUGGGGAGGGUUGUGUUUCAUCCCGUACCUGUUGUACUGUUGGGAUGUUGGGAUCAGGCAUCCGUACUUAAGCAUUGUUGUGUGCGCUUGGACCUAUUUUGACGUACGUCUUUGUUCUGCUGUUUGGGCUUGAACCUCCACGACAAUAACCGUGCGAUUCAUGCUUGACCGCGUUUUUCUGAGCCGUCUUACCUCAUUGAUUAUUUCCUGACAUGUGCUUGCGAGCAGCCAGCUGCCAUGUUACAGCAGCUGGGUUCAGGUGGAAGUACAGCGUGUUAUUAAGGAUGCGUAUGGUCCUUAUAAGCGUGUCUCUUGGGGUUUUCUUUGGGUUUUUGUUCCUCCAAUACGCGUGCAUUGACUCUUGAGUCUGACAAGGUUAAAAACAUGACAUGCUCUGGUUUUGACCGGAGGAAUUUGCUUCACAUGUCCGUGCAUUGUGUCUUGCACCAUGUGGCAUCUGAAAUGGAGCGUUUUGUCCAAUGCAAACCAUCUGAAACUGGACGCUGUUUGUCCCGGUAACCACGACGGUUUUGCGCCAAGGGUGGUCAGCCCAAAUGUCCCCCAUGUAAUGUCUUGGAUGC